AUGUCCGAGCCUAUGUUCAAGAAACGCACGCGCCCUGCGAACGCUGGAAAGCGGCGGGCUGACGACCUCGGAUCGGGUGCGUCUACACCCGUGGUCGAGUCUACGCCCGAGCCGCAUUCUGCAACAGAGGACCCAACAGAGGAUGCGCGCAGCUUAGGAUUGGAGGACAUCAUCGCUUUACGCAAGUAUCGACAGGGGAUGAGGCAUGAGGGGAUCGAUGUGGGAAAAUUAAGCAAGGGGGAGAAGAGGAAACGGAAUCCUGAGGGAGAGGACGAUGGCGCUGUGGUCGAGAAGGGUGGGCUGAAGAGGCGCGAGUUCGAGGGAGAAGUGGAGAGUUCAGAGGCCGAAUCUAUUGCGAAGAAGUUACGGGCGAACAACUUCACCCAGCAGACGAACGCCUUGGAUGUCAACAAGCACAUGAUGGAAUACAUCGAGGGCGAGAUCCGAAAGCGGCGAGGGGACACAGCUUCCACCGAAGAGGGACAAAAGACUGGCGCAUACGACCCGUAUGCACAGCUGUUCAAGACGGAUGUUAAGCCUGACUCGAGGGAGGAGGCGGCAAUCUCGACGAGCAUGGCGAUGCUCACUGCUAUUCCUGAGGUUGACUUGGGUAUGGAAACCCGGCUGCGAAAUAUUGAGGAGACGGAAAAGGCCAAACGGCAGGCUGCAGAAAGAGUUCACGCACGGAAACUGACGGAGGAAGAGGAGGGGUUGGCAGCGCUGAGAUUUAUGCGCCGUACGAAGGAAGAGCAGUCUCCGGCAAUCGCACUCAUGAAUGCUAGACUUGAGGCACAGGGAUUCGCCCCGACGCCGCCUACGAAGACAGGGCAGCCACACAAACCUCGCACUGCGACUGAUGACCAAGCGGUGGAGAGGUUCAAGCAGAGGAUGCAACGAUAG